UAAUUGACAUUAUCUAUGAACAUAAUAAGAGAACAAUAUCAGUAGUAUAAAUUUGUGAAAACAACAAAAUGCGAAUGAUCACAUUCAUAAAACAAUAUCUCAUUCAUUAUACAAUCAUGAAUUCAUUCAUUAUCUUAGAAUUAUUAUUAUCAUUAUAUACUACUGAUAGUAGUAAACUAAAAAUAUGUAAUUUUAAUAUCUCUAUUAUCAAAACUAAUAAAUCCUGUACUAUUGAACGGAUCAAAGAUGCUGGGAAACGGCAUAAAUUUUUAUUAUUUAAUUCAAAUGAUAUAAACAUCAAAUUUCAUUUAUAUUGUCCAAUAUGUCAAAAUGAACAAUUAGAUACAUUUGAAUGGCAAUAUAUACCACAUUAUAAGAGAUAUCAAAUAUUUAUAAAAGGUAAUAAAACUUUAUAUGAAAAUGAUUUAAUGCUUAACAACAAGCUCUUAGAGACUAUUCAAGAUAACCCAGAGAAUAAUCUUUGUAUUCACAAAAGGAAUUUCCAAUUAAUUGGUUAUAAUAAUAUAAAUGCUAAUCAAUAUAUGGGUACAUAUGUAUGUAGAAAUUUAUUAGAUUCAAUGCAUCCAUCUAAUUUUAUAUGGUAUCAUUUAUAUAGAAUUCAUUCAUAUAAACAAAAUUCAAAAGUUUUAUUUCAAAUCAACCGCACAUUCAAUCAUUCUAUUCAAACAAAAAAAUUUUUACAAAAACAAAUUAAUAUUACUGAAUUAUAUUAUAAUACUACUGAAUUAAUGGAUUAUUCUUAUUUAAAUAUAUUGAAUAUAACAUUUAAAUUCAAUGAAGUAAAUGAGAUUGAAAAAGAAGGCGGUAAAAUUAAAAUUAAACAAUAUCAACGAUGUUAUAUUAAAAUAUUAUUAUAUGAAUCUGAAUUUAAACAAACUAUAAAUAGCCCUAGCAACAACAACAACAACAACAACAACCACCACCACAACAACAACAAUAAUAAUGAUUAUGAAAGGAUAGAAAUCAAUAAAAUAUUAAGAUUAUCAUUUGAAUAUUUUAUUAAAUUAUAUCAAUUAAAAUUAAAUAAUUCAUAUCAAUUAGCUAUAAAUAAAGCUAAAUAUUUCGGAUUUCAAUUAGAUAUUACUAAUAAUUAUAUUUUGUUACCAUGUGAAUAUGAAUUUAUACAACAUUUAUUUAUACCAAUUAUAAAUAAAUUUCCAUUAUAUAGUCGUUAUAUAGAAUUGAAUUAUGAAUAUCCAUUUGAACCAAUGAAUUUAACCAAAUUGAUUCAUUUAAAUAAAUUAAAAUAUGAAAUGUUGAAUCAAACAAAAACGUUUAUCAUUUCAUCAACUCAACAUUAUCAUAAGAAUAAGGAUGAUUAUCAUCAUAUACCAAUAUAUAAUAUAUAUCUAAAUGAAUAUCAUCAAUCUUUAAUAUUGAAAUGUGAUAAUUCAAAUAAAAUAAAAAAACAAUUAAAUUGUACAAAUAAAAUGAAUCCUAAUGCAUAUUGGAUAUUAUCAUCAUCAUCAUCAUCAUCGCCGCCGCCGCCGUCGUCGUCGACGAAGAAUAACAUGAACUAUAUAGUGAAUAUAGAAAAGUCAAGUUCACCUUAUAUGACAAAUGAUUGUGAAUUAAAAUUUGAUAUUCUUCAUAGAAAUCAUAAUGGUACUUAUUAUUGUUAUAUGAAAAAUUCAACUUUUAAUAUAACUACUCAACAAGAUAAACCAAUUAUAGUUUAUCAUUUAUAUAUACAAAGAGUAAAUGAUCAUUUGCCAUUACAAAAUAACAUAAUCAUUGGGAUAAUCAUUUUAAUUAUAUGGUCAUUUAUAUUAAUAAUGAUUUGGAUACUUCUUCAUGAUUGUAUAAACUAUGUAAAGCAAAUAGGAUUGAAUUAUCACUUUUGAAAUGGCAUACAUCAAUAAAAGUAUAUUCAUGUAUUCAAGUGUUUUCAAGAAGAUAGCAUCUGAAGAAGGUUUGAUUUGUUCAAAUAACAGUGUCAGAAUGUUUUGCGUGUUUCUCCCUCCAAAUUCUAAAAGUUACCUUGAAAUAAGUCUGCAUCACUG